AUAUAAAUGUUCUUUGAUGUCCAUGGAGGUCUACAAAAUUAGGGUUUUAUUGCAUUAUCUUGUGCUAUGUAUUGCUAUUACAACUUGUCAUGCGUUAGCUGCCGACAACGAUGAGUUGUACAUCGUAUUUAUGAGGGAUCGCUUAGCCACCGAGAGUUUGACAGUUGACUCACAUCUUAAAGUCUUAUCAUCGUUGAAGGGAAGGUUUGUGUGACUGUUACUGAGCAUAUUGCUUCCAAGUCCCUUGUUUAUAGCUACACACAGAGUUUCAAUGCGUUUGCAGCCAAGCUCUCGAGUGACGAGGCCAAAAUGAUGUCAGACAAAGAUGAAGUACUUUUGGUAUUCCCUAAUCAAUACCGUAAACUACACACGACCAAAUCUUGGGAGUUCAUCGGGUUAAGGCCACAAUCGAAAAGGAACUUGAAGGUGGAGAGCGACAUUAUAGUUGGCCUACUUGACACGGGAAUCACUCCACAAUCCGAGAGUUUUAAUGACAAAGGUUUAGGCCCGCCUCCGGCUAAAUGGAAAGGAACUUGUGGCCGAUAUGCCAAUUUUUCGGGAUGCAACAACAAGCUGAUUGGAGCCCGAUACUUCAAGCUGGAUAGGCUCUCGGACCCGAAUGACAUUUUGUCACCGAUUGACACUGAUGGCCACGGAACUCAUACAUCGUCUACCCUAGCCGGAAGCUUGAUCCCGAAUGCUAACCUAAACGGUCUUGCCAAAGGAACUGCCCGAGGGGCGGUUCCUUCAGCUCGGGUGGCAAUGUAUAAGGUGUGUUGGGCGAGCACCGGCUGUGCUGACAUGGACAUUCUUGCAGCUUUUGAUGCUGCCAUUAGUGAUGGAGUCGACAUCAUAUCCAUUUCAAUAGGCGGGCUUACAGGAAAUUAUACCUCAGAUUCAAUAGCAAUUGGAGCUUUUCAUGCCAUGAGGAAAGGGAUUUUGACGGUGGCUUCCGCCGGGAAUGACGGGCCCUACCGUGGAAGUGUGGUCAACCACGCCCCGUGGAUUCUUACAGUGGCGGCUAGCGGCAUCGACCGCCAAUUGAGGAGCAAGGUGGAGCUCGGCAAUGGAGAGAUCGUAUCGGGAAUUGGAGUAAACACAUUUGAACCAAAGAAAAAGUUAUAUCCUCUUACAAGUGGGAUUGAUGUUGCCAAAAAUUCAGACACCAAAGAAGCCUCAAGGUAUUGUAUCGAAAACUCCAUGGAUCCUACAAAGGUGCAAGGAAAGCUAAUUUAUUGCAAGCUCGGAUCUUGGGGCAUCGACUCCGUCGUUAGGGGUUUGGGAGGCAUCGGCACUGUCAUUGAAAGUGAAUCUUUCCUCGAUGCGGCGCAAAUCUUUAUGGCUCCGGCAACAAUGGUUAAUGGUACAAUUGGAGAGAAAAUCAACAACUACAUGCAUUCAACAAAAUCAGCGUCAGCCGUCAUACAUAAGACCGAGGAAGUAAAAAUCGAAGCUCCCUUUGUGGCUUCAUUUUCCUCUAGAGGCCCAAACCCGGGGUCGAAGCAUGUUCUUAAGCCGGACAUUACUGCUCCUGGGAUCGAUAUCCUAGCAUCGUACACUCCUUUGAAAUCAUUAACGGGUUUGAAAGGCGACACACAAUAUUCCAACUUUACCUUCAUGUCGGGCACAUCUAUGGCAUGCCCACACGUAGGAGGUGUUGCGGCCUAUGUCAAAUCUUUUCAUCCAACCUGGUCUCCGGCUGCAAUCAAAUCUGCUAUUAUGACUACGGCGAAAGGAAUGCAGCCUAAAGUUAAUAGGGACAAGGAAUUUGCUUACGGAUCAGGCCAACUCAAUCCAACAAAAGCAAUAAAGCCCGGACUAAUCUAUGACAUAGAUGACAUGUCCUACAUUCAAUUCCUAUGUCGUGAGGGCUACAAGGGAUCAGCCAUUGGAACUUUACUAGGCCAAGGGCCAAUAAAUUGCUCCAAAUUGCUUCCAGCAAAGAGUGAAGAUGCUAUCAAUUAUCCCACAAUGCAACUAGCUUUAAAAAGAAAUCAAGAGACGACCAUUGGCGUAUUUAGAAGGACGGUGACAAAUGUUGGCCCCCGUAUAUCGGUGUACAAUGCUACGAUCAAGGCUCCUAAAGGGGUGCAAAUAACAGUGAAGCCGAUGAGCUUGUCGUUCUCAAAGCCAUUACAGAAGAGGAGCUUCACAGUUGUGGUGAAGGCCAAACUAAAGGCAAAUGUACUAAUAAAAUCAGGAUUACUUAUUUGGAGAUGUGGUAAUUACACAGUGAGAAGUCCUAUUGUUGUUUAUGAUCCUUUAUUUGACCAGUUCGAAGGAACACAUUUGCUUUAAACUUGUAAUAGAUGACUUGUAUAAUUUAAUUCAAUCAAUGUGCAUAUAUAUAUAUAUAUGUUAAUAUUGUAAGUUGUUGUCAAUGUACUUAAAUUUUUAAA